AUUGUUAAUAGCAGACGGAAAAAUGGCAGCCCUCAAUGCCGAGCACGGUGAUGCCGAGCGAGCCGAGCGACCUUUUGACGCCGAAGCACUCCUCGAGUUGGUGAGGGAACAUAGAUUUCUCUUUGAUCAUAGCCAACCUGAUUUUAAAGACACACAGAUGAAAGAAAAUCGAUGGAAGAUAAUCGAGGAGCAACUGGGAAUGAAAGAGGGCACAGCGGCUACGAAAUUCGCCAACCUAAAGGACCGCUGGCGGCGGCUGAAAAACAAGCUGGACGCCGCGAAGAAGUCUGGCGCGGGGGCGUCAGAUGUUCCCAAGAUUUCCUGGCGUUAUUUCGCCAUCAUACACAGCAUGAUGGCGACCGAGCGGCUAGGAACUACAGCUUCCAAUUUGAUCCUGGAGCCUGCAUCACCGGCUGACACCAUUGCAUGUACAGAGGAAGUGGAGACAGAGGAGCCAGCUGUUGAGCUAGAGAGCCGCCCAGCUGAACCGCCGGCGCCUACAAAGCAGGCAGGAGGGAGACCUUCCGGCGGGCCGCCAAAACCAAAGAGGAAGAAGACUGCCACACCACCAUCUGAUGACCUUGGUGAGGUUAAAGAAGCUUAUAUUGAAGCAAUGCGGACAGUGGCACGGCCGAACCCUCCGCACAGGUGCAACUUGUUUUUUGAUUUUGUUGCCGAGACCGCAAAGUCUCUCAGUGCUAAGGAACAAGAUGAGCUGAUGCAUAAGUGCCACAUAGCCCUUCUUGAAGUUCGGUAUGAAGAAAACAAUUAA